AUGCAUGAUCCUCAUAUCAUAAAACAACUGCAACUGUCCACCAAUGCUCCAUCGCCCAGGACAUUUGCCUCUGCAGAAGCCGGGAGACAAAGACUCCGUGGGGAGAUUGCGAAAUGGCGAAACUACGUCCAGCACAUGGCCCUUUUCGUCGACUCUCCGGACCUUCAUGGUAAUUGCUCUUUUGACAGCAUCUUGGCCACCUUGACACCGGCUGAAACGGAUGAGCCGCUUGGAAUGACUUUUUGGGAGCAUGCAGGCUUCUGUGGAAGAGGGGUCAAUGGUGAUAUUGCACAGCUAUUUGCCGAGCUUGAAGCAUACCGAAUUGCUGUCUGGUGUCAAGACACUGGGUUCAGCGGGCGCAAACCGUUUCUUAUCCACUAUGGAAUAGCCCUGCAUGUUCUCCAGGACAGUCUCCUUAAACGAUACAAGAGCGAGUGCAAGUGGUUGUCCGAAGCGGCUCGAACACCCAACUAUGUCCAGUGGUGGAGGAAGAAGAAGACGGUGGAAACCGAGGAACCUGAAGUCGCUUCGCAAAGGGCACUUGAACGAUCCAUCUACCUGGCUCACGAACGUGCCAGCCUCAGCAGAAGCUCGUUUGAAUUCGGGAAAGUCGACGAGCAGGUCCAAUACUCGGUCUUUGCAAUGCACAGGCCUAUCGUCUUCGCCUUGGUUUCCUGCCUCUGUGCACUCAAUGUGGCCAGUGCACCGGCAGACAUUGUCCCUCGUCAGUCCGCUCCGUGCACUGACAAGACUAUUGGCCUUUACCUCGAUGGGACCAACUUUGACAUCACUUACUUGCGAACCUUCCGCCUUUCGUAUGCCAAUUCAUCCGCAUACGUCGGUCGGAUCAAGGACCAGUCAUACGCUGAGCCACUCAUCGUCGGGGCCCUCAACGGCAGCGACAACUCGGUCACUUUCCUGUCGAUCCACGAAUCUCCAACCGGUUUCCAGCAGAUGUACGUCUUUCGCUAUCAGAGCCAGCCCGUGGGUUUCAGCGUCCCUCACGGAGACGCACCUCAAGGCGCGAGCACGGCAGGGUUUUCAUUCGGCGCUGGAGGGGCGCUGUUGCACAAUGGGUUCAAUAGCUUUUAUGCGUGCCAGGAUGACGCCCUGAGCUCUUUGGAUUCGUACCAAAUAUAUUGGCUUGACACGGGAAAUCCUGUGGGAUGGACUUGCCAGGGCCCGAUUGCGAUCCAGGCCGGAGACGCUUGUUCACGAGAUGAGUGA